UUUUUUUUAAUUAUUAAUUUCUUUUCAAGUUUCAACUCGUCUCAUCCAAAGAAACAAGGAAAGAUCACCAACAAAAAUACCAACUUUGGAGUCAUCACCAUGUGUGAUUGCACUGCGUGUUCUCUCUCUCCUUACUAUCGCAUCAGCUUCCCUCCAUCUUCAGUUCAUACAAUCUCCCUUUUGGGUUCAUUUGCUUGUGACAGAAAAAAGCCCACGAAAUUUUCUUUAAAGAUCAGUCAAAGUUCAAAUCCUUCAAGCUCAAGAUCAUCAGAACAUCGGCUUAUCGAUGAAUUGAAGUUUAAAGAGAGAGAAGCAACAAAACCCGGGUUCCAAUUGAGUGGAAUUGACGACGAAGACAGCGAUUCUUUUCCAUUUGAUACGAAUUUGAGAGAGAACGAAGGAGAACAAGAGGAUUUGGUCCAAAUUGGAGAGACAGAAGAUGCUGUCGAUGGGAAAUCGAAAGAAUUAGAGGUUGAUAAUAACAAUCAAGUGAAGGUUAUAAGGAAAGGGAAACAGUUGAUGAAAAGGUCAAGUGUAAUUGCAAAACAAGUGAUAAGCAUCCAAUCUGCUCUUAGUUUGGGGUUCAUUUCACAGCUUUGGGUGGAUACUAAUACUUGGAUGGUAGUGAUCGUAGAAGUGAGACCAAAUCUACUCUCUGGAGAACAGGAAGGAUUCUUUUUGGAGGAUACACGGCAGGUUGGUGAUGUUGUGCUAGUCGAGGAUGAGAGUGUGAUGGACAAUGAGUUUCAAAUGGUUGGACUAGAAACACUGGUAGGAUAUAAUGUUGUGACACCAAAUGGACGAGAUAUUGGAAAGGUGCGAGGGUAUACUUUUAAUAUAAACUCGGGGGCAAUAGAAUCGCUUGAGCUCGAUUCAUUUGGAAUAUCCAUCAUCCCAUCAAGUUUGGUGAGCACCUACGCGUUGCUGGUCGAAGAUGUACUUGAAGUUGUAUCCGAUACAGUUGUUGUGCAUGAAGCUGCAGCCUCACGCAUACAACGGCUUACUAAGGGGUUUUGGGGUGGCCAGAAAGUGGGGUACUCAAUGGAAGAUCUUGAUGAUUACUCGGAUUUUGAAGGGCAAUCUGAAUACCGAAAGGACAGGAGAAGAAGGUCUAGUGGUCAAACCCAGAAACCCCAGAAAAGACCCGUUGUUGAUGAUGAAGAACACUGGGAUCUUCCUAUGGAUUAUCUGUGAGUUAUGGGGAAAAGCUUUCCUUUUGUAUUUGUUUAUACUAUAAUCGAUAAAAUAUAAACAAAGGAAAACGUAAAAUAUCAUAUCAUGUAUUGAGUCAUCAUUGUUUUGAUUAUCUUAUCAAUCCUUGGUUUCAAAAGGAAACAAAGCUUAUGUUAAUUAAAUAUAUAUGAUUAACAGGGUGUAUUUGGUAA